UACGGAGAAUGCCGUGAGUGACAGGAGUCCACGUUGCCACUUGACAUACCCCGCAUCCUUGCGCAGCUACUAUCCUCAAAAACAUAUCGACUACUGCCCAGAUCUGAGGAGAUCUUUACAGCCUAUCUUUAGGCACUAGGAUCCGGUCAGACAUGGCCGACACGACUAAUGAAGCAUCCGGUUCAACCGAUAAGCCUAUCCAAGUCAAACUCGUCCUGCUAGGCGAAGCGGCAGUCGGGAAAUCGUCCAUUGUAAUGCGCUUUGUCAACAAUGAAUUCCAGAGUAACAAAGAACCUACCAUUGGAGCUGCAUUCUUGACCCAAAAAUGCCGGUUUGAGGAUCGCGUCCUACGAUAUGAAAUAUGGGAUACCGCUGGGCAGGAACGAUUUCAUUCGUUAGCUCCCAUGUACUAUCGAAACGCACAAGCUGCUAUAGUGGUCUAUGACAUAACGAAAGCAGCAAGUCUGGACAAAGCGAAAUCUUGGGUGAAGGAGCUUCAACGGCAAGCGAAUCCCAACAUCGUCAUUUCCCUUUGUGGCAAUAAAUUAGAUUUGGUUACACCGGCUUCACCCAAUGGUGACGAGUCGGAACCUUCAUCACCUUCAACGCCGCAUGAAACCGAAGUGGAGCCCGAUGAUGCGACUGCUACGCCAGGGGAGAAUCCCGGUUCUCCAGGAAUCGAGAGUCUAAGACAAGUGCCGAAAGAAGAAGCUCAGGCAUAUGCUUCAGAAGCUGGCCUCCUCUUCUUUGAGACUAGUGCAAAGUCAGGCGAGGGGAUCCUGGAAGUUUUUACUGAAAUUGGUACGUAGCCCUGUAGUGACAGCCGCUCCUUCCGACAAGCCCGUUGGUGGGAGCAGAGAACUGAUUGCCUGUCUAGCUAAGAAGAUCCCGAUUGAACACAUUUUGUCAUCGUCACGAUCAAACGAGGGCCGUGGGAAUGCUUCGGGUGGCCGACCUGCUGAACGUGUCGCAUUGGAUGCAGGAGGGACGAAG